AUGCCUGUGUCUCACCUCACCCUGACUGUCUCUCACCUCCCAACAUCGACUUCCUUCUUUCUCUCCUGCCUACAGCCCCUAGGGUAUCAAUUUAUUGGUCGCCAUGAUGACUACAUUGGUUUUGGUCAGAAAUCAGGCGAGCCGGCGGACUUCUGGAUAACAGAACAAAAGCCAGGAUCGCCAGCUGGUGCAGCACAUGUUGCUUUCCCUGCUCCGUCAAAAGAUGCUGUAGGAUCCUUUUUCAUCAGUGCACUAAAAGCUGGCGGAAAGAUUCAUGGUGAACCGAAGACGCGUGACGCGGACUCGGGAUACUACAGUGCGGCAGUGGUCGACUUUGACGGCAACAGCAUCGAGGCUGUAUACCGUCCGGGUAUCUCAGCUGCCAAGUCAGAAGUCAGUGCACCAGCAAUUGGCCUGCUUGAGAAUGGAUCCGUGGUGUCCCGAGCUAGCACAAAGGUCAGCUCCGUCAAGCCUCAAAGUAUUGCUCCCUCUGCGAGGUCAGAGGCCAGGUCGUACGUCUCAAGGGCGACCACUGCUGUAGAGCGAGCCGCUCCCUCGGAGCGAGGAGCGCCUUCAGAACGAGGCGCACCUUCAGUGCGAGGAGCACCGUCGGAGCGAACUGCACCGACCAUCAUCACCCGUGAGAUUCAGCAAGCGCCGUCUCCUACCUAUAUUGUCCACCAUACAACUCACACCACCCAGAAGAAGGACGACAGCACAGCCAAGACGAUCGUCGGCACGCUUAUCGGAGCGGCUGCAGGUGCAGCAAUCGCUUAUGCAAUGACCAAAUCCGAUUCGCAGCCCUCGGAGGUCACUCCUCCUCCGCAGUACACACCCCGCGAUUUCCCUCAGCUGACGUCGCCAUCGCAAGCUCCCUCGGUAGCUCAAGAACAUCAGGGCUACAGGGCUAUUGAGGCUCCUCCCGCCAGGAGCACCUUCUCCCGGCCAGAUAUGCGAUCGACUCUGACUCGCAGUGUCUCUUCGAAGAACCCUCGUGCAAGCACAAUAUACGAAGACACCGAGUUCGUCCACCCCCGUGGAGAAAAUGGCAGUGUGUACCUCGACGAGAAUGGACGCCGUGCCUCGGAUGGGAGCAUCUACACGGUGAGGGAUAUCCCUCUGAGAGCGAUUGAGUAUCCCCCACCGGCCCGUUCGACUACGUAUCCAUGCAAUCCCAGCACUCUCAUCAGCAGCUUCCCGGAUAAGUCGCGAGUCAUGGAUAAGGAGAGCGUCUAUUCAGCAUCGACGGCCAAACCAUCCAAGGCCAACUAUCAGGAUCAUCAGUCCUCUCACCACUCUUCCCGCCAUUCUUCGCAUCACUCAGUGGCCAAGUCCCUGGCCGGAAGCACGGCCUCCUCCGCACGAACGGCCCGUCAGGUCCCGCUGCCUGAAGGGUCCGUGGCGUCGUUCGCCUCGUAUCGCAGCGGUGCAAAGUCGGGUGUCUCAGCCCGCGACAUCCCGCUUCCCGAGAGCGUCGUGGAUGACUUUGAGAUCCAAACCAAUCUCACGCCGGACGAUUCUAUAAGUCAGGUCGAUGUCUCACGAAGGUCCUCCUACUCCCAUCAAUCUCACCGCUCCAAGGCCCCCUCUCAUGUCUCCAAACGAUCCAGCAGAUUCGACGACCCCAUCCAACCGAGCGAUAGCGUCAGUCAGGUCUCGACCAAUGUAUCCAAGGUGUCGCAAAGGACCAUCAAAGCAAGCGGCAGUAUAUCCGGGGGAGCCUCCAAGGCUCCGUCCAAGGUCGGCAGUCGGAGAGGCAGCCAGGUUGCCUGA